AUGCAACCGGGUGGCGGCCACUGCUUAGCUCCCCAAGCAGGCGCCUUGGCCAUGGCCUCCCUCCUGCUUGGCGGCGGCGGGGCAUACCACUCCCACGCGCAUCACCGGAGCUCCGCGGAAUCCCCGCUGGCCGGGCCGCUGCACCCCGCGCCAACUGAGAGCUGCCAGAGUCCCGCCGAGCUGACCGGGAGCAGCAGCUACACUACUCUGACGCCCCUGCAGCCGCCCUUCUCCACCGUUUCGUCCAAGUUUCCUCACCAUCCCCAGUCACAGCCGCACGCGCAUCACCGGCUGGCGGGCAACUUUACUCUCUUGCCCGACAAUCCGUACCCCUCGCCGUACCCCAAGGAAGUGGCCGGCCUGGGGCAGACCCUCUCCCCGCUGGGCGGACUCCACAACCCCCAGCAAGGACUGUCGCAUUAUGCCCCCGCCGGAGUCGCCAUGCCGGCCGAGAAAAUGCUCACUCCCAGCGGCUUCGAAGCCCAGCACCCACCCCUCUUAGCCCGGCCGGGCGACCAGCAUCUCACCCCGACUACAGCCGGCCUAGUUCCGCUUGGCGGGACCCCCCACCAACCUCAUAGACACCUAAGCGCCUCCUCCAGGGAGCCUAAAUCCGCCGCUGCCUCGCAAGGGAGCGUCGGGCAUCUCUCGGGACAGCUGGAAGAGAUCAACACCAAGGACGUGGCCCAGCGGAUCACCACCGAGCUGAAGCGAUACAGCAUCCCGCAGGCCAUCUUCGCCCAGAGGGUCCUCUGCCGCUCGCAGGGAACGCUUUCCGACCUGUUGAGGAAUCCUAAGCCCUGGAGCAAGCUCAAAUCCGGGCGGGAGACCUUUCGCAGGAUGUGGAAGUGGCUGCAGGAGCCGGAAUUCCAGCGGAUGUCUGCGCUCCGAUUGGCAGCUUGCAAACGGAAGGAGCAAGACCAAGGGAAAGAUGGAGGAAAUGCACUCAAAAAAACCAGACUGGUCUUUACUGAUGUCCAGCGCCGAACUCUCUAUGCAAUAUUCAAGGAAAAUAAACGUCCUUCCAAAGAAUUACAGAUCACCAUUUCCCAUCAGUUGGGGCUGGAGCUGAGCACUGUUAGCAAUUUCUUCAUGAAUGCACGACGGAGGAGCCUGGAUAAAUGGCAAGAUGAGGGCUGUGCCGACUCAGGCAGUUCAUCGUCUUCUUCUAGCACUUGUACCAAAGCUUAA